UAAAGUGAUAUUGAUCAUUUCUUCCAGGGUCCAUCGACCUUUUAUCAUAAUAUUUUCACCGUAACUCCAUUUAAUGGCAAAACGCAGUUGAUAAGUGAUUGAAAGGCUUAUUUAAAAUAAUAUAAACUCGAUACUACAGAGACAACAGGUUAAGAAUUUUCUACUGCUUGUCAUUUUGAAAUGUUGUAGGUCAAGAACCAAUUGAAAUCAUUAAAGAAAAGCCAAUAACUUUAUGGUAUUACACCCACAUUCGCUAACAGAUCGAAACAUAACCACACACGUUAGUGGUAUUACACCCACAUUCGCUAACAGAUCGAAACAUAACGACACACGUUAGUGGUAUUACACCCACAUUCGCUAACAGAAUAUUUAGAAGAUGCAAUAGAAACAUUGGUAAAAAUUAUAACUACACUGAAUAUUUUUUCUUACUUUUUAUUCAAGAUAAAAACUAAAAUAACUAACGCGGUGGUAACAUAAAGAUGCGAAAUUUGUGUUGCGCGCCUGUAUUUCGUCUUGCGCACGUGACACAUCGUCUGUAGCCGACUUUACAUUUAAAACUAAACAUUAGCUCAGAACUAUCCUAGCUAAAAAGGUAUUAUGACGUAUAGACACACUACACUAACUGGCUUAUAAUGACGAAAACGAAGGUUUUAUAGCUUUCAGUUGCGUUGUUUUCUGCAGUAACCCGGCUUGAUGCACACACAAAGUCGUGGAAGUCGAUUACCGUGACAAGGACGGUAGAUGAGCGUUGAUUGCGUAACGUAUAAGAAGUCACGCGAGUCUGUCGGUAAGUCGCCUGCUUGGGAGGAUCGUGCUUUUUCCGGUAUAUAAAACCCGAAUUGUGCAUUCCAUAGUGUAUAUUUUAUUGUAACAUUUAUUACAGUCGUACAAAACGAGCACGUCUAGGUCAAAUUAAUGACAAUUUUGAUGUCAACUGAGCAAAAUAAGUAGUUUGUGAGAAAUUUCGAGUCACUCAGGAGAUAUCUUCACGAACACGGAAGUACUUUCGUCAGUGCAAGCCAACCCUACUGAAACAAGCAGUAAGUACACACGGAGCCUAAGUUUUAGGAGUUUAUCGUGCAGACAACCAGACAGGACAUAAAACAUCAAGCAAGCUUUCGUUAAGGCUGAGAUGCCUUAUGUCGAUGAUGACUUGCUAUGGUGUCCUGAUGCUGAUGGCAAGAUGGUGGACCUCUCUUGUCUUGAUAGCGGACCUAAUGUCAUUGUCCAACAACAACUCGACGUUCUCCAGGAACUGUCACAUACAGACUUACAUGGUUUGGUUCCGGCACUUGAAGAAGAGGAAGAAACUAUGCGACAGUUUUCUGUUCCGGAUUUCGAACUGGAUGGCAUAUUUGCUGAUAUCGAAACCAAAGUAGAAAACAGUGGCAUACUUAGUCAGCUGUUAACACCCCAGCCUCAAAUCAGUGAAAUUCAGAGCUCCCUCCGUAAAAGGAAGAGAAGAAGAAGUAGUGAAGAUUAUGGUGCAUGCUUUAAUAGAGUUGGUGCUAAUCCGGAAGAAGAUCUUCCUAUCCUAACGUUGUCAACUUGUUUCAACUCUUCUCUAACGUCCGUUAAAGACACCGAACUCGUUCAAUCCUCAAUAGAUGUCUCUAGUGUGGCAUAUCCGUCUGCAGUUGUACCUGUCAAAAGCAGUUCCUCUGUCCAAAUGACUUCUAUUUUAGCCACAGCCCUCCAAAAUCCUGGACUUCUUACCUUACCCGAGAACAAUUUCUCAGUCUUAACAGGAGCACCGGGACCGUCUAGUAGGGUUGCGCCACAAGUUACCUCUUCUUUGCUGACGAGUGCUCCACAAUCGUAUGAUUUACUAGACACUACUCUUCCUUCAUUUAUAUCCUCCGAAACUUUGGCCAGCUCACUUACAAACAGAGUAAGGAACACUAUAGCUCAUUCAGCAGCGUCAGUGACCGAUGUAACCAAUAUUUCUCACUCCACGGAAGCUUGCUCCGCACCGGAUACCACGACUAGUGGUGGAAUUGAACUUCGUACGACCUUCGGAGCAAGUAAUGGUAAGUGAAAAAUGUUCUCAUCAUAUAAAUUGACCAA